GGCGGAAUAGUGUGACUUACCGGAAAAUUUAAAAAACAUGGCGGAGAGCGGCGGUGAUUCCAAUCAGAAUCAGGCCAACAAGCACCACGAAGUUGGCCACAAGAGCCUUCUGCAAAGCGAUGCCCUUUACCAGUAUAUUCUUGAAACUAGCGUGUAUCCAAGAGAACCAGAAUCCAUGAAGGAGCUUCGAGAAGUCACAGCAAAACAUCCAUGUGUCUAUUUCAUGGUGCCGCACUGCUGCCGCCGAUCGAUCCUAGAUCCACGUACAAAAGGAUCGAUUGUAGGUCCCCAGAGAAGAAGAAGAUUGCCAAUAGAAGAUUUUAGGCCCGCAAAUCUGUCGCACCUUCGGCCGCAGCUGCGUCGGUGUCUAUUUCUUUGUGCCGCCGCCAUCGGGUCUUUUCUCACAUUUGUAGCGCCGCUACGUAUGCCUCAGUUCCUCCAUCCAGUCCGUCAGUCUUCCGGCAAUGAGGCCAUGCUCGCAUCUAUAAAUGGACCAACAAACAUGUUCCAAUCCCCACAGCUCAUCACAACCGAAUCAAACAAAAACACAAGCAAAACUCCUCAAAGUAUGGUUAUGUUCCGUUAUAAGAGCAAGACUCCCCUGCCAUUAGACUCACAUCCAUUCGCAUAUCAACCUGCAGUAGCAAAAGAAGUAAUAGAUUUUUGUCAUGGAAGAAUACAAAUGCUGCAUGCAAGAUGAAAAUCAGAGCUGUUUAAGAUAUCAUUGGACAACUGGAUAAAGACCCUAAGACAAUCCUCAAAAAUGAGGUCUAAGAAGUUGAUUGAGCUCAUCGUGGGGAGACACGGGAUUAGUAAAUUUUAUCAUCAAAGUGUACACUUGCUAGCAAGUUUAGAUGUAUCUCUAAUUCAUAAAUCUGUGUUCUACAAGUGGAAUGUCAUUGCCUGCACGCUUUAUAAUUGUAAUAUGGAUAAAAAAGGCGGGUUCAAGAAACAUACCUGGGAUCUUUGAUGCCACUGCAGUCCUAUUUAUAUCAUAAUCUAAACAGAUUGAAUUAUUUAUUAUUACAUUUCAAACUUGCAUAUAAAUUGAGAUACAUCAAAUGAAUUUUACAUGACAAGGAAGAACAAAAC